UUUGUGGUCUAAGAGGAUGGAAUCAAAGAGGGACCAAAGUGAAAUUAAAAAGAAAGCAAAGGAAUCAAAAAAAGAAAAGAAAGAAAGCUUCCAAUUCCAAAAUGAUAAAUAAUCCUAAACCCUUACUCUCUUUUUUGACUGAUUUAGACUGUUUGGACCCCAAACUCCAUGAAAAAAAACUCAAAUGAAUUAAUACAAGGAAAAUGGUUUCUUCUUCUCUUUUCCAUUGCUUUCUUCCUCUGUUCAUCCAAACCCCAGUUUGAUUUCCUUUUCAUUUACUAAAGAAAAUGACAACUCCUCUGUCUCAAACCAAAUCUGAUUCUUGAGGUGACUUCCUUUACUCAAGUGGGGUUUUCAAAGUUUCUUCUAAGCAUUUCAUCAAGUACUUGGUGGGCAAUCACACACAUGGCUCAACAGGGUGAUGGAUGGCCUCUUGGUCUACAGCCUCUGAAUGUAAGAGUUGGAGUACCUGGAAAUCGUGACUAUUUGGGAUCAGUGUCUUUCAACACUUUGAUGACUGCUUCUCCUAUUUCUUUCUCUGAUUCUUCAUCCGACUUGGACACUGAGUCAACAGGAUCUUUCUUCCAUGACAAGAGCAUAACACUUGGGAGUCUCAUAGGAGUUUCCAACAUUUUAGAACUCUCAAGAAGGUCAAUCAGGGGAAGAAGAACAGAGAGCACAAAGGACAAGAGGAGCAAUGCCAAGUCUAGAACAUGGUUUUUCUCUUUGUGUUCUAGGGAGAGUACCGAUGCAGAUAGCAUCGAAAGUGGCCCGUCGUUAGGCCAUUUCUUGGCAGAAGAAAGAAGAGCAGCCGACGAAAAUCGGAGAAAUAAUCAGAGUGAAAUCAUGUAUGGAGCAGAUGAAUUAGAAUUAGCUCAGUUAGGUCCAGAGCCAAACUCCCUAUUCAUCAAUGGCUGUGUGGCACCUCCUCAAUCUAGCAUUGGUUCAAAUGCUGAAAAUGGAGGAACUGAGCCUACAAAUGACAAUAGAGUUGCACUGAUUUGUUCUUGCAUUUGUGGACACUGAACCUGAAUGUUGAACUUUCUGUGUGUUCAUGAUAUUGAUUGAAUUUCUUAUCUUUCAGAAACAGAUAAAGAUAUCAAUUUACAGUGACCCUUUCUUUUUUUC